CGCGCAGCUCAGCGCGGUCAUGGUGGCCCCAAUGUAUGGCUCCCCAGGCGGCCGCCUGGCCCGGGCACUGACGCGGGCGCUGGCGCUGGCCCUGGUGCUGGCCCUGCUGAUCGGGCUGUUUCUGAGCUGUCUGGCGGGCGCUAUCCCACCGCCGGGGAGUGGCCGGGCGCGCGAUGGGCUGAUCACACCCGCUUCCCGCAGCUCCUCGGUGCUCCUAGACGCCACCACCGGCCAGCUGCGCCUGGUGGACGGCCGCCACCCCGACGCCGUGGCCUGGGCCAACCUCUCCAACGCCAUCCAUGAGACCGGGUGGGCCUUUCUGGAGUUGGGCACCAAUGGCAGCUACAAUGACAGCCUGCAGGCCUACGCAGCCGGUGUGGUGGAGGCUGCCGUGUCUGAGGAGCUCAUCUACAUGCACUGGAUGAACACAGUGGUGAACUACUGCGGCCCCUUCGAGUAUGAGGUUGGCUACUGCGAGAAGCUCAAGAGCUUCCUGGAGGCCAACCUGGCAUGGAUGGAGGAAGAGAUGGAGCGGAACGCGGACUCCACCUACUGGCACCAGGUGCGGCUGACCCUCCUGCAGCUGAAAGGCCUGGAGGAUAGCUACGAAGGCCGUGUGAAUUUCCCACCUGGGAAAUUUACCAUCAAACCCUUGGGGUUCCUCCUGCUGCAGAUCUCUGGGGACCUGGAAGACCUGGAGCCAGCCCUGAAUAAGACAAAGACCAAGGCUUCCCUGGGAUCAGGCUCCUGCUCUGCCCUCAUCAAGCUGCUGCCUGGCCAGAGUGACCUCCUGGUCGCCCACAACACCUGGAGCAGCUACCAGCAAAUGCUGCGCAUCAUCAAGAAGUACUGGUUCCAGUUCCGGGAAGGUCCCCAGGAAGACAACCCCUUGGUUCCCGGCAACAAGGUGGUCUUCUCGUCCUACCCAGGCACCAUCUUCUCCGGCGAUGACUUCUACAUCCUGGGCAGCAGGCUGGUAACUCUGGAAACCACCAUUGGCAACAAGAACCCGGUCCUGUGGAAGUAUGUGCAGCCCAGGGGCUGUGUAUUAGAGUGGGUGCGCAAUGUCGUGGCCAACCGUCUGGCCUUGGACGGGGCCACCUGGGCAGACGUCUUCAAGAGGUUCAACAGUGGCACGUACAACAACCAGUGGAUGAUUGUGGACUACAAGGCAUUUAUUCCCGGCGGGCCCAGCCCAGGGAGCAAGGUGCUUACCGUCCUGGAGCAGAUCCCGGGUCUGGUGGUGGUGGCAGACAAGACCGCGGAACUCUACCAGAAGACCUACUGGGCCAGCUACAACAUACCGUCCUUUGAGACUGUGUUCAAUGCCAGUGGACUGCAGGACCUGGUGGCUGAGUAUGGGGACUGGUUUUCUUAUGACGGGAGCCCCCGGGCCCAGAUCUUCCGGCGGAACCAGUCGCUGGUGCACGACACAGACUCCAUGAUCCAGCUGAUGAGGUACAAUGAUUUCCUCCACGACCCCCUGUCACUGUGCCAGGCCUGUGACCCUCAGCCCAAUGGGGAGAAUGCCAUCUCAGCCCGCUCCGACCUCAACCCGGCCAACGGCUCCUACCCUUUCUCAGCCCUGUGCCAGCGCUCCCAUGGGGGCAUCGAUGUGAAGGUGACCAGCAUGUCUUUGGCCAAGGCUCUGAGCUUACUGGCGGUCAGCGGCCCCACGUGGGACCAGGUGCCCCCCUUCCAGUGGAGCACUUCGCCCUUCAGCAGCCUUUUACACAUGGGCCACCCCGACCUCUGGAAGUUCUUGCCGAUAGAGGUGUGGUGGGACUGAGGCUCCAGCCCACUCUGCUGCCUUCACCCCUGCUGAUCCUCGGGGGACCACCUGCUGCCAGCCCGACCUCUGCCCCACCCCUGAGAAGGGGGUUUGGCCCCUGUUGUGCACUGAGCUGGGACAGGAUCUGCCAGGAUCAUUCUCUGGGUCGUCUCCUGAAGGGCAGGGCAGGGGGCCUGACCAGCUCUGACUGGCUCUCCCUGUCCCUUGAAGUGGACAAGCGGCACCUGGCUCCUCUGCCUCCCUGGGUUUCUGUCUCUCUGCUGCUUCUAUCUCUGUUUUGCUCCCUUCAGAGCUUGGGAGGAGCCUGGCAUUAGGCUCUGAGACCCUUCUGUGGGCAGGAGGGGCUGUUCCAGUCGCUGCCUCCCAGCCUGGUUCUCACUGGUGGCAGUGGGACUGGUGAGGUUUCAGCCCCAGGUCCUGGGCAUCAUCUCUGUUCAGUGUUGCUCCUCCUAGCCCCUCUGCUCCUCCAGGAAGCAGCCCCCUCGUCUCCCUCUCUGGGCAGUUUCCUGGAGGACAGAAACUUGAAAACAAACCAAAACCAAAGUCUCUGGCCACAUGUGGCUGGAGGGUCGUGAGUGUCCUCUCUCUAGGGCAGGUGAGAAUGUCAGCCCCCACGUUCCUGCCUUGUGCCCCCACCCCACUCCAGCCUGGGCCUGUCCCGAGCUUCAGCUCCCCUGCAUGGGGACACAAACCAUAGGCCACCAUUAAAGAAGAGAGGCUGUGGCCCCUGUGCUGUGCUUCUUGGGGCAGUGGGGAAGGUGGGGGCGGCACCUUUCCUCCUCUCAGGUUUGGGUUCUGCACCAUGUACAGCUUCUGUCUGUCCUAUCCAUUCACUCACCUGCCAGCCCACUUCCCCACUGUCCAUCUGUACAGCCUCCCACCCAUCUAUAUCCACCUGUCCACCUAUCUUCCAUGCAUCCACCUCUCUACUCAUCCAACAUCCAUCCAUGCACCUGUUCACUCAUUUAUCACUCAUCCAUCCAUCCAUCCACCCACCUAACUUCUGUCCAUCCACCUAUUUGUCCACCCAUCCAUCCAUCUACGCACCCAUUCCUCCAUCUACACACCUCCACUCGUCCAUCUACAUCUACCUAUCUAUUCAUUUUUCGUCCAUCCAUCCGUAUCCAUUCAUCUGUCCAGCUCUCCAUCCAUCCAGGUGUUCUGGGUCCUCCUCUGGGGCUCUGUUAACCAUCACCACCCUCCUGUAUGGUACUGGGAGGUGGACCCACACAAACAGACUCCCUUUCUGCCUGCUCUCAUGCAUACUCUCCCAGUCCUGUGUACUUUUGGGGAGUGGAAAGCACUGGGUUUGAGUCAUGUCUCCACAUCUUACUAGCUGUGGACUCAAUGUCUCUGAGCCUUGAUUGCUUCUUCUGUACAAUGGGGUAAUGAUGAACAGCAUUUCCCUGGGGAGUGUGUUGCAGCCCCUGUGGGGCCUCACACACUAUCAUUCGUUCCUCGACACAUACUGACUGAGCUCCUAGUUCAUACCAGGUGCUGUUAGGAGGCCCCAGGGUACCUUGUAAGAAAAGGUACAAAGACUCCGUUCUCCCCAGAAGUUCGCCUUGGGGAGAAAGCAAACAAAAUAAAUAAACGUGCAGCUAUAACGUGCUGAUAA